AUGGGUCGUAAGAAAAUACAAAUUACACGAAUUAAUGAUGAGAGAAAUAGACAGGUGACUUUCACAAAGAGAAAGUUUGGGUUAAUGAAGAAGGCAUAUGAAUUAAGUGUAUUAUGUGAUUGUGAAAUAGCUCUGAUAAUAUUUACAACCAAUAAUAAGUUAUAUCAGUAUGCCAGUUCUGAUAUGGAUAAAGUUCUGCUGAAAUAUACUGAGUACAAUGAAAAUGUUGUUAGUCAAACUAAUCGCGAUAUUGUUGAGCGUGAAACAAGAGGUGCUGAUAGUCUUGAUGGAGAUGAUGAUGAAGAUUAUACGCUUACGCCAAGAACUGAUGAACAAUACCGUAAAAUUGACAUGGAAUAUUCAAGAGUAAUGCAAGGUGGUUCUGCUACUAGGGUGAGUGUACUGCAUCAGUAA